AUGUCGAGUUCAAAAAACACAAGCGUGAUUUUGGUUGUCGGCAUGGUGGCAUGUAUUGUAGCAUUGGAGGAAGAGGACAAAGGACAGCGGCGGAAAUAUUGGGUGAGCCCAUAUCUGCAGGAAAGGGCCCUUAAAGGCCGAUAUGCUUCCGACACUCCCUCAAUGUUUUUCGAAAACUUUCCUAUGCCUCAGAAGAGUUUUAACACUCUUUUUGGAAUGGUGGAGCAGUACCUUAUACCGAAACGGAACACUCGCCCAGAUGCUAUACCAAUAAAAGCCAAGUUGGCCAUCGUUUUAGAAUUUCUUGCCUCUGGAGACCUGCAACGCCAUAUUGGAUCAACUUAUCGGAUCAGUAAGCAACAUUUUGGAGUGAUUCUCCUCCAGGUGUCUAUUGCCAUUUUGACUGCUGUGCGGGAUGAAUUCCCCAAGUGGACGACGGGGAAUAUGCUGAUGUGAGACUCGUCUAUGGAGUAGUCCAUUGCUUGGGCUCCGUCGCUCUCAGAAAACAAAGAUUGGGUUGUUCUGUUAAAAAUAUAUUAUAUUAAAAUUGAUUGGGUUGUUCUGUUAAAAAUAUAUUAUAUUAGUAUAAUGUCACAAAAUUUUUGGCCAGAACCUACUGCCUCUGCGUGGAUAAGACCGGCAGGAAGCCCAUGUAGGGGGCGAAAUCCCACUCUGCAGCACCUGUUGGCUUCUCCAGUGGGUCUCCUUCAGCACUUCCUCUCUUUGGUUGCUUGCACUUAUGGUACUUAUAACUGUCCCGCUG